AUGUCUGACUUAGAGAAGUUGAAACAAAUCAAUGAAAUGAAAUUCAAAGACCAGGCCGUAUGGAUGUUGAAUGCUAUGUGGCCGAAGGAUGGUGAUUCCAAAGCCGAAGAGAUCUGGAAGUUUGUAGCCACAUUUUCCGAGUUAGAACAAGAGAACCACGCUGAAGGCAAAGACUUAGAUGAGAUGAAUAUGCACCGAGUCUUUGAGAAAUUGGGGAACCAAUUAACAAUGCAAGAGAUGAGAACACACUUGAGAAAGAUCGGCGUCACUCAAUUCAAGAAGAUUUCAAUGAUCAACUUUUUGAUCUUCUAUUACAAGUAUGACACACAUGAAGUUGUUAAUGCACCACAAGGAGCCAAUGGCGCUGAGUUGGAGAAGGCUAAGAAGAUGUUAGAAGAAGUCACUACGUUAUUCAAUGCGGCCACCGAAAAGGCACAAACGUCAAAGGCAGCUGCUGCAGAGUCGAAGAAGAGAGCAGACGAAGCAAAGAAAACUGCUGAAGCGUGCAAAGAAAAACAAGCAACGGCGACUGCGGCCGCAGAAGUGGCCAAAAAAGAUGAAGAGGUGGCGACACAGAGACAAUCUGAGGCACAAGCUGCUGAGGAAGAAGUGACCAAAGCGCUGAAUGUCGUCAAGUCACAAGAAGAUGCUAAGAACAAGAAGAGAGCCGAAUUACAGAAGAAAAUUGAGACUGCCGGUUUAGUCGCAAAGAACGCUGCUAUUCAAGAAUUGGCUAAAUUGGACAACGAAGACGAUUUACCAAUGAGAAGAGCUAAAACCACUUUAGAAGCUGCUCAGAGAAAGGCAUCAAAAGCUCUUAAAAUUGCUACCGACGCUAAGGACAAGGCGACGGAGACGGCUCAAAAGGCGGAGGAAGCUAAACAAGAAGCAGACAAAGCUAAGGAACAAGCAGAUAACGCAGAACAAGAGGCUGUCGAAGCGGAAGCACUUGCCGUUAAAGCCGCAGAAGAAGCUGAGAGUGCAGUUGAAGAGGCGAACGCCAAAGUCGCCGAGGCUGAGGCGUACCUUGCUGAACAACAACAAAAGGCAACUGGUGCUGGGCAAGGUGCUAUUUGGUUCAUGCAGAGAGAAGUCACUGAGAAAAAGAAGUUCAUGCCUGUCCGUAAGGGUGGUAUUGCGAAAUAA